AUGGCAACCUCUCAGUCGGGCCUGUCCUCUACAGGGUCUUCAUCUGUCAUUGCCUUCAUCGCCACCUCACCCCUGGAGAUUUCCGCCCUCAUCUUCUCGCAUCUUGACAACUGCGACCUCAAAGCCCUUCGGUUGGCCUGCAAUAAAGUUGCCAUCUUUGUCCGUCCUCAUCUUCGGUUCAAUCGUGUCUUUAUAUCCGCUUGUCCCCUCGAUAUUAAAGUCUUUCGCGCCAUUGCAGAAGACGACACCUUCCGCCGUGAUGUCCGCGAGAUCAUCUGGGGCGAUGCUCGCUACGAAACACCACCGCCUCCAGAUCCUAGACUGCGGCACUUGGAUGAAGACUUGUAUGAUUCUGAUGAUGAGGAGGAUGAAGACGACCGGCCAGAGAAGCCCCCGCGUGGCGUUCCUUUCUGGUACUUCAGACACAGCAAAAACAACAUUGAAUACUUGGAGAUUAGACAGGGUUAUGAUGCUGAGACUCUACCUCAGCAUCUCGAGACUGCGAAACAGCUCGAGUCCCAACUCCCUCUUGAUAUCGCCUACACACACUAUCAGGAGCUGCUCGCAGAACAGAACAAUGUGCUUUCUACAUCGGCCGAUAUAGCCGCGUUCGAAUGGGCUUUGGAGAACGAUAGGUUCCCGAGCCUAAGAAGAAUUACCUUGACACCCGCAGCACAUGGCAUUCUUUUUCAUCCGCUAUACCCGACCCCUGCUAUUCGCGCUCUACCCUACGGCUUCAACUACCCGCUUCCUCGUGGCUGGCCAGUCCCUCCUAAGGACGGAGAUAAAGCGAUGUCUGGGGACUGGGAGAGCGAGGAUUACAAAGAAUGCUGGCGAGGAUUCCGCCAUGUCGUCAGAAUCCUUGCUCAUCAGAAAAGCACAAAGAUCAAGGAGCUCAUGAUUGACGGCAAUCAGAUCUGGUCUGGCCUGCCCUGUAGCAUCUUUUACGCGCCGGAGCCGUGCGUCGAGUAUGACAACCUCGUCGCCGUGAUCAAGAAGGCAGGCUUCACAACUCUCAGGCUGAGCCUCAUGGUAGGCGGGCAGGAAACCAACAACUAUCUCGCUUUCCGUAACGGGCGCCUGAGAAAAGCUCUAGAGGCGGACUUGCGACACUUUUCUCUCGAAACUGGCGAGGACGACGAUCUCGAAAACGGGGAUUAUCCUUCGCAUUGGGUGAGAGAUCACUUUAUCCCUCUGCGAUCCGUCUUCCCCGUCGAAACAUGGAAGAACUUGGCGCAUUUCGGGCUGACGCGCUGGCUUGUGAGGCAGUCGGACCUGCUCGAGUUCCUCGCCGCGCUCCCGCAAACUCUACGCUCUGCGGAACUGAGCUUCCUCUCGUUUAUGAGAGGCCAUGAAAACUACAGGGAUCUGCUCUUUGCGAUUCGUGAUACGCUGGGAUGGCUGGAGCGAACAGCCAGUGCAAGACCCCGUCUGCUCAUCCGAGACUUUCCCGGUGUCCCGUUGGCUGGGCGGGCUGUCUGGGUGGAGGACGCGUUGCAGAGAUUCUUGUACGAUGGUGGCGAGAAUCCUUAUCCGAUACCUCCGCGUAAUGCCGUAGUUACGGGUCAAACCAUCACUUGGGAACCUGGAAUUUUGACAGUGGGCCAUGGUUUCGGGAUGGAGAAGGACGCUUUGGAGCCGCAAUUUGAACGACCUUACGAGUCGGCGGAUAAGCUUAUUGAGAUGGGGAUCUCCAGGAAUUGGAAGGGGGCUUUCUAG